UUUUAGAGAGCCCGAGAUUCUUCACGGCCGUCUGCGUAGCACACAUUCCCUUGGCUUUCUCCUUUGCACGACGAUGCCCUCGCUUUCACUUCUCUUAUCCACGUAUACUGAAUUCACCACCCCAGCCUGUCUUUAACGAAAUGCCACCCUCAGACAACGAUGACAGCACGGCUCUCAGGAGGAGAAGGCCUGCAGCAGACAAUACGCCCACCUCGGUCCCAGGCACGCCGACUCUGCCGGCCACACCCGCAGAAAAGGAGUCCUCCACCAGCCUCUCGGCGUUCUUGGAGCCCAAGCGGCUGUCACAGCGCUUGUCGGGCGGCAUCAAGCGCAUGCGGCGGCGGUGGUUCCUCGUUGGCAUCCUGGUUGGUGCGCUCAUGGCCGUCGGCACGAUCCUCUACACAAACCCCUUGCAGAGCGAGCACAUUGACCGGCUCUCGCAGUUCUUUGACGACCUGGACAUUCCCGGGAUGAUACCCGACGACCUGCGCAGCGAUGUCAUCAAGCUGCUGACGCCCAGCGAGCUGGAGAUGGGCGGCGAGACCUACGCAACCGGCAACUUCCAGCCGGCGCAGAGCGUGGCCGGCGACGAGCAGCUCAAGAAAAAGCACCCGGUCAUCCUCGUGCCCGGGAUCAUCUCCUCGGGGCUGGAAAGCUGGAGCACAGAGAACUGCUCCAAGCCAUACUUCCGCCAGCGCAUGUGGGGCACAGCCACCAUGUUCAAAGCGCUGCUGAUGGACAAGGACUGCUGGGUAAGCAGCAUGAUGCUUGACAAAAAGACCGGCCUCGACCCCCCGGGCUACAAAUUGCGUGCCGCCAAGGGUCUGUAUGCCGCUGACUACUUCAUUACCGGGUACUGGAUCUGGGCCAAGCUAAUUGAGAAUCUAGCGGUUCUCGGCUACGACAGCAACGACAUGUUCCUGGCCUCAUACGACUGGCGCCUCUCUCUCAAGAGCCGCAUCGAGCUGAACAAAAAGGGCAGCGGCGAGAAGACCGUGCUCGUUGCCCACUCGAUGGGAUCGCAGAUCAUCCAGUUCUUUAUCAAGUGGGUGGAGUCGCCUCAGGGCGGCGAUGGCGGCGACCACUGGGUUGCCGACCACAUUGAGGCCAUGGUGAAUCUGGCCGGUACCCCGCUCGGCGUCCCCAAGACUCUGUCGUCGCUGCUAUCCGGCGAGCAGCGCGAGACCGUGCAGCCCUUAGCCAACAUGCUGCUGGAGCGCUUCAUGAACCGCUACGACAUGGCCAAGAUAUUCCGCUCCUGGCCCUGGCCUGCCCUCGCUCCUUCCCAAGGGCGUGAGCCUACUGAGCUGUUCAACGCCAAGGGUGACUCGUGGAUUCCCAAGGACACACCGCAGUUCCUCUCCUACGGCACCCAGGUCAAUGUUGACGACGGCGAAUGCAAAUCGCUCAACCUGCUGAUGUAUGUGCUGGACAAGGACUCGGAGAGGCUGAUGCGCCGGCACUACAGCUACGGCGUGUUCCGCACCCAGCACGACAUGGACGCGCACAGGGACGACUACCGCAUGUGGACCAACCCGCUGCAGCACCAGCUGCCGAAUGCACCCAAUAUGACGAUCUACAGCUUCUACGGCUACGGCGUCGAGACCGAGCGCGCGUACUUUUACACAAAGGACGGCGAGACCAGCGAGGAUGGCACGCCAUCACUGCGCAUCGACAAGCGAGUACGGCCGCAUCUAUCCAACGUAGACAUUGGCGUGGUCGGCAGCGAAGGCGACGGCACAGUGCCGCUGCUGUCUCUGGGCUACAUGGGCGCCAGCGGAUGGCGCAAGCCGCUGUUCAACCCGCAUGGCGUGCGCGUCGUUACCAAGGAGUGCCGGCACAGCCCGCUGGCUGCCUACAAGGACAUUCGCGGCGGAGUCGGGGCAGCCGACCACAUCAACAUUUUGGGCAACUACGAGGUCACCCUGGACAUUCUGCGCAUUGUCUCUGGCUACGGCGGCACGAUCAGCGAUCGGUUCACGUCAAACAUCCUGGACUAUGCAGCCAAAAUCGACAUUUGAAAUUGGUGGAAUAGGUGUCUAAUAAAUGGUUGUUACUUUUA